CCGACUCGGGGUAAACUUGAUGCACCAUCGGUAGCCCAAGACCUUCAGGUGAAAAUAAAGUGCCUGACGUUCGCCAUGUCGACGACUCACUAUUUCAUUUCUCAUCAUCACCAUCCUGAACCCUUCACAACACCAGCAGCCAAGUGAUACUUCAACUCCUUCCACGUCACAAGCAGCGGAACCUCCCCGUCGGAAGCAUCAGCACACAGAGCUCCUUGCUCUCUCAACCUUCAGCAUGCGCACCACCACAUCAUGGUUUGCUUUCGUAGCGGGUGUCCUCAUUUCGGGCCCUCAAUCUGUUCUUGGCCAGAAAACGCCCAACGAGAACCUCGUCUUGGCUGAUUGCGGUAUCGGUCUUGGAGUCAACGGCGGGUCGACGUCGCGUGAGAUGAUCUACUACCCGGGUGACGUGUGGACGGCCAACGGCCAGACGAACAAGCCGACCAUGAUGGUCAACGUCCCCUGGAACGGUGCCUACCCCUGGGGUCCUCAGGGCGCCUUCGCCACCAUGCCAAACGGCGACAAGUGGAGCAUCUGGAUCAACGACAAAAUCAAGGACCCCAACGCGGCCGGCGACGCCUACCACAGCAUGGAGUCGAACAAGCCGCUCAAGUGCUACUCGUACCACAAGGAUAAGGUUUACCAGCUGGCUGACGGCAAGUGGUGCUCGAGCGCGUACGUGUGCAACCAUCGCGGCUCGCCCAAUGUCUUAACAGUCAAGCCCGGCAGUGGCGGCGGCGGCGGCGGUAGCGGCGGUAGCGGUGGCGGAAAGGACGAGACGCGCAUCACGGCCUCUACCAACGCAGACUCUGUCGAGCUGUACGAGACAACGGCCAACAAUAUCAUGGCCACGGUCAGGAAGACCUUCAAGGACGGCAGCACCGACUGCGACCAGACGCCCAUCGGCAUCGGAUCCAAAUGCACCAUUAAGUGGAAGUGUCAUGCGGCCGACUCCAGAAUUAACGCUCUCGGGAAAAUGGCCGGCGCCUACGACCUCAUGGCCGCCACGUCCCAGUUCUCGUCCCGGCGCGAGGUCAAGUGGGACGUCUGCAAGCGACCUGACACGCGGCCCGGUAAGGAGGGCCAGUGCCAGCAGUAUGAGACCAAAAUCGACCACUAUGUCCGGAUCCCGCGCGCUAUCGAUGCCACCAUGGACAACAUCCCGCCCGCCAGCUCCGGCCGCAACCCGAACGUCCUGGGCUGGAUGAACUACGAGAUCACGUGCGAGACUUCGGCGCUCGCGUGCGCCAUGUGCAACGCCAUCGGCACCUCCCUGGGCAUCGCGUCCGGAACUCUUGGAGCAGGUGUUACACUUGGGUGCGCGGCGUCGGGCUGCUAAGGACUUUCUUCGACGAGGGUGGCGAGAUUUGGCGAAUUGUUGACGAGCUGGCGAGUCUUUGCUUGAGUAACUGUACCGAAUAUUGGUAACUAGAUGGAUUUGGAGUCAUGGUGUAUGCUGUUUAGUUGUUAGAGAUUGGCGAGUGUUUAAAUGCAUUCUUCCUUG